UCAAUUUUGACUCUCUAGAACGAAAAUUCCGCCCACCUUCUUCCUCCAUUUCACCUCUCUAUAUAACUCCCCACUGAAAUCCCCAGCACAGCAACCAAAAACCUCACAGCCAUGGAAAUUACUCUCCGGCCACUAGAUCUCACUGACAUCGACGAUUUCAUGGUUUGGGCAUCGGACGAGAAAGCAGCUCGUUCCUGUUCCUGGGAGCCCUACCAGGAUAAAUCGGACGCCAUAAAGUAUAUCAACGACCAAGUCCUGUCGCACCCCUGGCACCGGGCCAUCUGUGUCGACGGCCGGCCGGUAGGAGCGAUUUCGGUGACGGCGAAUGAGGCAGCGAGGGACCGGUGCAGGGGAGAGCUAGGGUACGUAUUGGGAUCCAAAUUUUGGGGGAAAGGGAUCGGGACGGCGGCGGUGAAAUUGGUGGCGGAGAGGAUUUUCGUGGAGCGGCCGGAACUGGAGAGGUUGGAGGCGUUGGUGGCUGUGGAGAAUUUGGCGUCUCAGAGAGUGUUGGAGAAGGCCGGAUUUCAGAGAGAAGGCGUUCUGAGAAAAUAUGGAGUGAUGAAAGGGCAAACUAGGGAUUAUGUUAUGUUUAGUCUUCUUUCUACUGAUCUCGAAUAAUUUAAAAUAAUUAUGAAUAUUAAUAGUUAAUCAUAAAUAAUUUAAAAUAUUAAUUAUGAA